AUGUCCUCGACGUCGACAGGUCAGGCGCCAUUGAAAAUACUGACAGUAGGACCGGCUGUUGGAGCCAUUCGAGACCUAUUCGCAAAAGUAAAGUCUAUCGACGCGAAACAUGGCAAAUUCGAGCUCUGCAUAUCUGUUGGCGAUUUCUUCGGACCACAAGAGGAUGCCGAUCCCUCAAAAGAAGUCCAGGAGCUUCUGAACGGUGAAAUUGACGUACCGAUUUCGUGUUAUAUUAUGCAAGGAGAUAAUCCCAUCCCACAAGCGGUCAUUCAGAAGUAUGCAGAAUCUGGAGGUGAACUGUGCAAGAACUUGUUUCUGCUGAGCAAGUCCGGUGUGUUCACUACUUCACACGGCCUACGUUUAGCUUGCCUCGGAGGACUAUAUGAUGAGCAAGUAUACUCAUCAGCCGAGGCCCCUCUGGGAUUCUCAGAUCCAUAUUUCUCUUCACAAACCGUUGAGAAGUUACUUUCGAAUAUCACGACUACCUCAUCUUCAACAACCUCAAAUUCGUCUUCACUCGCCUCCCUGCUCAAGGCAUCAACCUCAUCACAUCUCGUAGAUAUAUUCAUGAGUCAAGCUUGGCCUGCAUCUAUAACACGAGGGUCAAACUCUGUUCCGGGUGACGGACACGGUGUUGUACCAGUGGAUGAUAUCGUGCGCCAAGCAAAACCAAAGUAUCAUUUUGCGACUGGGUCGGGCAGUCCUCCGCAAUUUUGGGAACGUGAACCCUAUGCGUGGGCAGACGAAGAUGGGAGAAUAUCUCGGUUCGUUAGUUUAGGUGCAUUCGGCGGAGACCAUGGGACGACGAAGAAACCUCGAUGGUUCUAUGCUUUCUCGAUAACCCCUGGGCCAUCUUCGUCAACAAGUCAAGUAAAACCCGCAAACGCAACUGCAAAUCCGUUCACUUCCGCUACGUUUACUGGUUCAGCGUCUGCGAAACGUCCCGUCGACAUGGAUGAGGUAGAUAACUUCAUCUUUGGAGCAAUUAAUCAGCCAGUAGCAAAGAAACAGCGGCAUGAAAAAGGCGAAGGCGGCAAGCCUCCACCAGGGUAUAAAUGUCGGAGAUGCGAUUCAACGGAACACUUCAUUACCGACUGCCCCGAACGUAGCAAACCUCCCGAAGGAUACAUUUGUAAAAUCUGUAAUACACCUGGACAUCUCAUUCGCGAUUGCCCCGAAAAGAACGCGACAGGUGAUACGGGCGGUCGGAAACCGCCGCCGGGUUAUGUCUGUCGAGCAUGUGCCAGCGAGGGUCAUUUGAUCCAGGAUUGCCCAGUCGCUGCACAGAGUCGACAUGAACAGAGACACCGAAAAAGAGGCCCCGUUCAUGAAAUUGGAACGAGCGAAUGUUGGUUCUGUCUUUCAAAUCCUAGUGUUGCGAAACACCUUCUCGUCUCCAUUGGCUCUGAAUGCUACGUCACCCUCCCAAAAGGCCAAAUAAUCCCAACAGGCUCCCACUCUUCUCCAGAAAUCUCAAAAAUCCCCGGGGGAGGUCACGUACUCAUCGUACCCAUCACUCACUACCCAACACUCUCCGCAAUGCCACCAGAUAUCUCUGUACCAAUAGUCGCCGAGCUCGAGCAAUAUAAAUCUGCAUUACGCGCUUUGUAUGCGAAGUACGGAUGCGGGGCUGUGAUGUUCGAGGUGGGUAUACUGAGCGGACGAGGUGGGCAUGCGCAUGUACAAGUUGUACCUGUACCGACGAGUACACACGCGAAAAGGGUGGAGCAGGCGUUCAUUUCGGAAGGAGGGUUGGCUGGAGUGAUGUUUGAGGAUGACCCGGAUAAGGCGCUGGAGAUGUGUUCGGGAGGGAGAGGGAAUUAUUUUAGGGUAGACUUACCCGAUGGGAAGAAGAUGGUGCAUUUGAUUAAGCAGGAGGUGCCGUUUAGUAUUCAGUUUGGAAGACAGGUACUGUGUAGGGUACUCGGCGUACCUGACCGACUAGAUUGGAAAGCGUGUAGUCAGACGGAGGCAGAAGAGAAAGCGGACGCUCAGGCGUUUAAACAGGCGUUUGCACCGUUUGACACUAUGCAGAGUUGAUGGGAUGUUAUCCCUGUCUAGUCGGCUAUAUGUAUCUUGUUUUUUGGUGCUGCAAUUGCACUGAACAUCUCAUUGCUCUGAAUAUCUAUUAUCGAGC